AUGCUCAUUCUCCUUUCCCUCCUUGCCCUAGUGGCCUCCUUGUCAUCAGUAAGGGCUGCGCCCUCUCUCAACUUUCCUCUGGACGAACAACAACCGUCAGUAGCAAGGGUGAAUUCAGAAUUUGUCUUUGAGCUGCUUCCCUCAACAUUCAACUCGACCUCAUCUACCAACCUCACAUAUACAACCUCAACUCUUCCUUCCUGGUUAUCAUGGGACUCGCCGAGUCUCGCUUUCCACGGAACACCCGCCUUGGAAGAUGAAGGAGAACAGGAUAUAACAUUGACAGCAAGUGAUGGAAGUGGAUCAACGGAAUCUUCAUUCACUCUAAUAGUCUCCAAUUACUCCGUUCCAGCUGUUCACCAAUCGUUCUACACUCAAAUCAGCCAACCUAACUUGUCGGUCAUCUCAUCAGCUACGAUCAUGCCUGGUGGAACAGGUGUGACCAUCCCUCCUUACUGGUCAUUCUCGUUGGGUUUUCAAACUGACACAUUCAGAAUAUCGAGGAAUGAACCUAACAAUGGACAAUUGUACUAUGCUGCCCAUGUUAGAGGAAGCAUUGGCUUACCAUCGUGGUUGACCUUUAAUAAUCAGACUUUCACGUUUGAAGGUGUAGCUCCUUCAGAAGGAAGUUUUACGAUAGUAGCUACAGGAACGGAUUUCUGGGGAUAUACAGGUGCUCAAACUAGUUUUUCGAUCCAGGUGGGACAAGGCGAAGCUGUAGAAAUGGCUAGAAACCAGAAUCUUACCAAUGCUCAAACCAUGGCGAAGAACCAGUUAAAUCAGCAGAUUGAUCUUAGUGGCGUGACUAUUGGUGGAAAUGCUGUAGAUAAUGAGGAUGUAGUGCUUAGCUUAGCAAGUAAUGAUUAUCCUUGGUUAUCCAUCGAUAGCUCAAAUGAUAGUUUGGUUGGUACCGUGCCAGAUCAAUACCAGAAUGGGACGUUCGCUUUCCUCUCUGUCCCCGUCAACAUCCGAUCUACCAACACAUCCAAUACAUUUUACAUGACUACAUGGCUGGGUAUCGACAUCUUGCCCUACUUCUUUUCCACCUACACUCUCCCAAAUUCUACAGCUACUCUAGGACAAUCUUACGAUUUCGACAUCACGUCCUACCUCCUCAACAAAACAGCUACUGUGAACGCUACUGUCGUCCCGCCAGAGGCUGCUACUUGGUUGAAAUUUGACACCAAGAACAUGUCCUUGUAUGGUUCCGCCCCAGCUUCGAUGGAUUACAACAGAGUAGAAGUGGUUUUUGAAGCGUCCAUAGGCGAUCUCGUGGCUACUUCCAAAUUGAACGUCAAUAUCCCUCAAGUUACUCAAACUUCCACCAAUACUGGUACUGCCGCUGUUCCAACUUCGUCCACUGGUAGUUCGGGCGGACAAGGUAUAUCCAAAGGCGCCAAAAUUGCAGUGGGAGUUGUUCUCGGUCUUUUACUAUUGAUCACUAUCAUUUUGAUCCUGUUGUUCUGUUGCUGUCGAAGAAGAAAGAAUAAGAAGCCAGCCAGGAAAGACGAUGAUAACGAUUCUUUCGUCGCCACUUCUCCAGUCACUGUUCAAGAUCCAUUCAGGAGAUCAAACAGUUUAGACCCACCUAGAAACUUGCUUGGUCAAAUUGCUAGAUUCUCCGGAUUGAAUUUGCGAUCAGGGGAAGCCAACGAGAAGAAUAUGCCUCUCAGUCCCGCAUCUUUGAGUACCGAUGCUACGAUGGUACAAGAGAAACCCACUAGAUUAGAUGGAUUAAAAGGUAUUUUCGGAUGGAAUCACAAGGAAGAGUUGGAGAAUGAGAAACCAGCAAUCAUCUCACCUCAGAUCCCAAGUGAUUCAAGGAGCUUCAUAGGAUACCCUGAUGUGAUUGGUGUGAAUGAUCCUGUCAAUCGACCUUCGCAAGACGCAAGUUCCUUCACCCAAUCGUUCAUCUCGGAAUCAUCUAGAGCAAGUUGGCAAUCACGAGAAUCGUUCCAUUGGUCAUCCGUAGACGACGGUGAAGGUGAAGAUGAAGUAGCUUCAUUGGGGGCUGUAGGUGGUAAUAGGAUUUCAACUGCUUCUUCCAUCCCCAGACCUCGACCAAAUUUCACACCUCGAUAUCCCCGACAUCAGAAUCCCAGUGUGUUAGCUCGAAUGGUAGAUUUGGAUGAUACAGGUUCGCAUGCUAGUUUCAGUGAAUUCCAUUCAUCUCAAGAAGGACAUCAUAGGGAUAGUUCACAGAGUGGAACCAAUUUCGAUUCAUCCGGAUUCGACCAUUCGUCAAAUUCCAUGAUGGCCUCUGGAUCGAUAUUCAACUCUCAAUCUGGAUCAUCGUUCCCUGCUGGACCAAGUGGACUGAGCAGGUUUGGUGAAUCUGGUGGAUUCAAAUCGAAUGAUACAGAUGAUGAAGAUGCGUUCUCGGUUGAGGGUCCAGCAGUAGUCGCCAUGGCGGAAAGACAAUCUUUCGAAACUCGUAGACCCCAACGGCAGGAUUCAAGGAGUCAUCCGAGACUGAAAGAAUCGCGUUCGAGACAUGGUACUGGCGAAUUGGGAAUGCCUCCCUCGGAGCAAUCUCGAGAGGCCAUACCUGAGGAGCAAGAACAUAGUCGAGUGAGCGGUGUGUUUUCAGAUGCGGAUGACGUGGCGAGAAGAUCGACGAUAUACGCCCCAAGCGAGGGGAAUCAAGAUGAGAAUAAUCCAGGAUUGGGAUAUCCCGCUUCAGCGAUUUACUUUGGUUCUCAGAAUGGAGAGAUUGAGACUGAAGGAUAUACGAGUCAACGUACUUCAACGAUGGAUCAGAAUAAUAACAGAGGAUCAACUAUAAAGGUUAUACCUAACAAAUCUGGUCAGACACCUUUAUCACCUGCUUUACCUCAAGUGGGAAGUUUCAUUAGACACCGACGGACCAACACCGGUUCAGCAGGAGCAACGAAAGCGAUGAUCCGACCUACAUCCACUCACUCAAACGGUGCUAACGACGGUCGAGUCACGGCUGUAGCCAACGAAACAUUCUCUAUACAUCCUCAGAUCAACCCUCCUCCAACUGUAUCACUCUCAGCUGCCACCUGGUCUUCCAACCCCCCAUCGACGUACAGAGCAGAAAUGGAAGGUGGUGGUAAUUUACCUACGUGGUUACAUUUCGAUUCAAGAGAAUUAGAAUUAUGGGGUGUACCUCCCCUCAGGAUCACAGGCGAUGUCACGACGAUAAGGAUAAUAGAGAGGUUACCUAGAGAUAAUAGACGUUCGGACCCGAUGAGCUUCGGAUACGAACCUCCUCAGGAAAGAGAGGUUGGUAGAGUUACUAUCGAAGUCACAGAUAGGUUGAAAUCACCUCAAUUCGCUUUGGAAGGUUCACCUCAUGCUUUAUAA